CCUUACCACUCCCCUGCGAGUUUGUAUUGUCCAGGCAGAGGAGGGGCUACAGAGAAAUUCUGGCCAGGCAGCUCCAAGCUGUGACGUCAGCAAGAGAGGGGCGGGUGUCUGAGAAAUAAAUAGAGAGAGAGAAGGGGAACGGGUGGAGACAGAAAUAGCAAAGAGUGAGAGAACAGGAGCAGGAGAAAGAGGCAGGGGUGAGAGUUAAAAACACGUGGGGGGGCAAAGGGGAGAACGAUCAUGGAGCUGCUCCUGUGGCUCUGGUCCCAGCUUCGAUCCUGCGGGAACAACCUCCCAGCACUGGGCAUAGCCCUCACAGUCUUCGCUCUGCUAUUUGAUUUCCUGAAGCGCAGGAGGAGCUGGAGUCGCUACCCACCAGGGCCGACCUCGCUGCCUUUCAUUGGGACCAUGCUGCAGAUCGAUUUCCACAACCCGCACCGCUCCUUUACCCAGCUGAGUAAAAAAUAUGGAAAUGUCUUUAGUCUUCAGAACUGCUGGAGUAAUCUGAUAGUAUUGAAUGGAUUCAAAGCAGUAAAGGAAGCAUUGGUCCAGAAAUCAGAGGACUUUGCUGACCGACCAUACUUUCCUAUAUAUGAGCACUUGGGUUAUGGAGAGAACUCCGAAGGCAAGUACCUUGGAAACUACCAUAGUUUUCUGGCAGUGUUGCAGGGGGACUGGCUUUAUCAUUUGAGCUCCUGGAGAGGUUAAAGGGGACUUAAGGAG